GUUCCCCGCUGCAUGAUGGGAGAGUGUGUGGAGUGGGCGGGGGUCUCCGCGGAGGAGGAGGAGGCGGAGGCGGCGGCGGCGGCGGAAGAGGGCGGAGGGUAGUGGGAUGGGGGUCCCGCGGCAGCGCUGAAACUCCGGGUGGGCGUCCAUGGCGCCGCGCCGCUGACAGGGCUGGGAACAGCUCCCCUUCCGCCCUCACCAGCUCAGCGUCCGAGUAACCGGUCCUUCCCCGGGGAGCCAGUUCCUCCCCGGGCCGCCGAGCCAUGCCCAUCGCGGCCGCCCGGGACGAGCCAGGCAUAAACUAACUACUGGAAAGCUGCGGAAUAAUGGAGCCAGACAUCAUUCGAAUGUACUCUUCCUCCCCCCCACCUCUAGACAACGGAGCAGAGGAUGAUGAGGAGGAUGAGUUUGGGGAGUUUGGUGGGUUUUCGGAAGUCAGCCCUUCUGGUGUAGGGUUUGUUGAUUUUGACACACCAGAUUAUACUCGUCCCAAGGAAGACUUUGUACCUUCAAACCACUUUAUGCCAAUUCAUGAAUAUUCAGAAGAUGUAGAUAGCCUUACAAGCUUUAAGUCUGUUCAGAAUGGUAAUGAUAAGGAUAUCACUGCUGAACUUUCUACUCCUGUGAAAAGUCAAUCUGAUGUUGUACUUUCUACCACCAGCAAAGAAAUGAUUCCAUCUAAAACUUUGGAUCCUUCCAUCGAUGGUAUGGAAAGCCUGGAAGACUUAGAUAAAGUAGUGGUGCAGGGACCAAGCACUGGGCAACUCAGAAGUUUCUCUCCUGGAGAUUUUAGAACUGAUAAGAACAUUGUUCACCAAACCAAGCAGUUAGAGAGCUGCAACGGUGAAAAGCCUCCUUGUCUGGAAAUUCUAACAAACGGGUUUGCAGGUUUGGAAACUGUAAAUCCUCAGGGAACAGAUGACCUGGACAAUGUGGCAGAUUCAAAGGGAUCGAAGCCUCUUAACACUUGUGGCACCGAGUGCAUUUUAGAGUCUGCAGCUAGUCAUGCUACGGAAUUUGCAGAUUUUUCUACAUUUUCCCAAACAGAAAGGACACAACUGGAAGAAAUAGAAUGUCCAGUUUUAAAUGAUGGUGAUACACUGACCAUUCAGGGAAACAGCAAAGGCCCCAGAGUCAAGGAACUAAACUGUGUGAAAGAAGUGACUUUGGAUGGAAGCUUUGAGGAUACGGGGAACACUGAAAGAGAACAUCAGGUCUGCGUCUCAGAAAUCCAUGCCGUAGCUGACAGAGGGCUCAGUGUUGAAAAACAAGACCUUCAAACACUGCAACAGGAUGAGUUUCUAAAUUCAAGGAUUCAGUCUGAGGCUUGGAGCUUGGUAGACUCAAGUGAAAAUUCAGAAGCCAUUACAAAGGAGCGGUGUAAAAUGGAAAAAAAUGACUUAUUUGCCUCUAAGUGUGCUGACUUAUCCAUGGAUUCUGUUAAAACUUCAGACGUUAAUGAAAUUGGUUCUUCCAAAGAAGAAAACAGAAAGCUGACUAAUCCCAAAAGCCCAGACCCUGAUCCCACAGGACAAAAUGCUUUGGAUGAUUCUGCUGCAAGCAUGAAAAAUGGUGACAGUGGGAAUGGCUUUGUGACUUGUCAUGAUACCAAUGAGGAUGAUUUUGGUGACUUUGGUACAGCCAAUGGCACCACUCCACCCUUUGUUACUAGUACUCAAGAUUCAAUGAGUGACGUCACUUUUGAAGACUCCUCAGAGCAUUUUCUACAUCUUAGUGAACCAGGUGAUGAUUUUGGAGAAUUUGAGGAUACAAAUGCUGUUUCUUGUCAAGAGGAAAUGAGAUUUACUGAGUCAGACCUAAGACAGACUUCUGAUGGCUUAUCAGAGGAAUGUCCAUUGGCAGGAGAGUCUGGUGGAAAAGACAGUAAACCUGACUCAAAACUGAAAAAUGGUCAAGACAGUGAAUUUGGAGAUUUUGAUUCUGUGCCAAAUACUCAAGGUAGUGCUUUUCAAGACUCGGAUGAUUUUGCAGACUUCAGUUCAGCAGGUCCUAGCCAAGCUGUAGAUUGGAAUGCUUUUGAGGAUGAACAGAAAGAUGGUUGUUCUUGGGCUGCCUUUGGGGAUCAGCAGGAGACUGAGUCUCAUCAUCUAAAGGAAGUCUGGCAGUCACAGAGGACAGAUGAAACUAUGGGCACUCUGGGAACCCCUAAGAUGCACAGUGUUUCUUCAGCAGCUUCCAAAGGAGCAGUUGCUAGUGGCCAUUUGCAGGAACCAGGCACUUCAGUUCAGACAGCUUUACUCAACCGGUUGGAGAGAAUUUUCGAAGCCUGUUUUCCGUCUGUGUUUGUCCCUGAUGUGGAAGAGGAGGUUUCUUCCCUGAAGCACUUGCUGGAGACACACAGCUCGCCAGCAAAAACAAGAGAGGCCUUAGCUGACCGUGGUGAGUUGAGGGGUGUAUGGACCGAACUGCAGGACAUCCAUGAUGCACAUGGUUUGCGGUACCAGUGGGGUGGCUCACAUAGCAACAAGAAGCUUUUGUGCUCCUUGGGAAUAGACACUCGAAACAUUCUAUUCACUGGCAAUAAGAAGCAACCUGUUAUAGUGCCCAUGUAUGCAGCAGGAUUGGGAAUGUUAGAGCCCACCAAGGAACCAUUAAAACCACUAUCUGCUGCAGAAAAAAUUGCUUCUAUUGGUCAGACAACCGUUAUGACACCAGAAAUAAACACGUGUACAUCUGAUCCAUUCCAGGAGUCUCUCCCACCUGUCCAGUUUGACUGGAGUAGCAGUGGCCUUACUAACCCUUUAGAUGUGUGUGUCUUACCCCUUUUCACACGUAACCCCUCCUCCCUUGGCUUACCUUCUGUGUGGCUGCCCACCAACACGGUCACUGAAUUCCAAGCUAGUGGAGGUUCCACUCUCCUGAACCUUGAUUUCUUUGGGCCCGUGGAUGACAGUAGCUCUAGCAGCAGCACAAUCCCAGGUGUGGAUCCAGAGUUGUAUGAGUUAACAACUGCUAAGCUGGAGACCUCCACCUCAAGCCUCAGAGUGACUGAUGCAUUUGCGAAGCUCAUGUCUACAGUGGAAAAGACAAGCACGUCAACCAGGAAACCAAAAAGAGAGGAGCACCUGAGUGAGGAAGCCAUGAAGGUGAUCGCCAGCCUUCCAGACCUGACCUUCAUGCAUGCCAAGGUGUUGAUGUUCCCAGCCACUCUGACACCUUCCAUGAGCUCCCAAGAACAAGCAGACGCGUAGCUGCUUGCAUCCAUCGGACAGUUUUAAAUACACCUUCCUUGAUUCCACCCCUUCCCUACCAUCAAAAGCAUAUCUGCUGUAAUUUAGAAAUAAAAUCAUUCAAGUCAGAUGAUUUGUUGGUAAGCCACACUAGAAAGGUAUACAUAGUAAUGUAUAUUUAUUUACAUACCGAAGUCCUAAAUUUAUAUUAGAAAAAAUGUAAAUAAUUGGGGAUGAACAUUUUUGAAGAUUUAUUCUUUUGUGUUGCUGGGGUGUAUACAUUUAUGUCUUUGUGAAAUACACUGGUGGUGUCCUUCUUAAAAACUUUUGAAAUAAAAAAAGAAAAUGAAAACCUCAAAUCUUUCCUGUCUGAAACCCCUUCAGUCUUUCCCCGUGCCUGACAGCUCUUGACUUACCUGUCCUAUGGUCUGUUACUUUUACUAUCACAAAAAGCUGCAAAAUUCUUGUUUGCUUUUCAGUUGUGUGUGAUGGGUGUGUUUAAGACCUGGCUUUCGUUCACUUUCCUGGGCUUUGUUUUCAGUCUUCAUCAGGCGUUCUGCUGUGUGACCUUCUCUGAGGUCACGCCAUCGAUGCUUGCUGGUUGUGGAGUGUGGAUCACUGUCAGGACAUGAUUGGGGGCUUGAAAGAGAAUGUACCUGUUUUAACUGGUGUGAUUUGGAGAAGGACCAAAUUAUAUGAAUGUCUUAAAAUUGAGUUUGUAGAGAUCUUCCUGUUCUGUCAUACCACUAUUUUUUGAGGAUUUUGCACAGUGUAAAAUGACAUAAUCAUAGAUUGCUAUGGUUUAGGUUGUAUAUACAGUUGGAAAAAAAAAACUAUGGAUUUUAAAUGUUUGGGGAAAUUCCUAUGGAAAAAAGAGAGAGAUGUAGAAGAGCCUCUAACAAGGUUGAUGUGCAUGCCCAAGGGUUUUGAGAUUUGAGUGUGUAAAUUUCCUUUUAGCUUAUACAAGAAUAAAAUAAUUUAAAAGAAA